AUGGAAGAUCUGGAUAUGGGACAGAACGACAUGCACCUGCACAACGCUCCGGCCCUCCUGAAGAACCCGAUGCUCAUAGGAUCCACCAAGGAAGAACGACACGUUUUUAUGGCCGCGUACAACCUGAAUAUCAGCCAGACGAAUACCCUGACUGCCAACGGGGUCCGACCGUUCAUCAUGCCGGUAAGGGCGUGUAUCUAA